AUGCUCUCCUUUGAGGUCUGGAAGGAUCCGAAGAAUCCGGGCAACGGCUGCUUGUACUGCACAUCGGAUAACGCCGGAGGCCUGGGGCGCAAAGUCACCGAUGGCGAGGCGAUACGGAAGUUCACGGAGCUCAAGGACCAAAUGCCUCAGUUCCGGGCCCACUUGGAGCUGCAACCGCCGGUUCCUUUGUACCUGGCCCGGCUAAGUUUGGCGAAUCACGAGCUCGGUGACCGCGCGGUCCGUCAGCUGGUCGAGGCACUAUUGUCCGGCACGACGCUGGUGGAGGUGUUGGAGCUGUACAAGAACCGACUAGGCGAUGCCUCGGCGCAAGCGCUUGCUGUGCUGCUGGAGAAUUCCCCAAAGCCUGGAGUUCACGGGUUCCACCUGUCCCAUAACUACUUCACACCUUUGGGCGUGGGCUUGCUGCUGGCUUCUGCAACCCGCAGCAACUUUUACCCGGCAUGGCGAAAGUGGCGUGGUCGCAGCUUCCUUUGCCCACUCUGGUUAAGAGUUGAACAACAAUUGGUGAAGUGGGAUGUGUUAAACGGCCUGGAAGAAACGGAGCAGAAGCAAAGGGCAGAUCUUCUAUUGGCAGAGAAAGCCGCCACCCUCACCAAACGCUGCCAGGCAAGCGGACGGCUUCUGCCAGAGUCGUUGCCCGAGGAUUUCAGGUUGCUUUGCAUGCCCGAGGGCUUUGAUGAGUCAUCGGAGGAUUGGCCGGAACAUCUAGAUCGCAGGCCAAAGACCUGCUCCAAGUGGUAUUGCGCCCACAUCCAUGAGGAUGGCUGGCCGAUGGUUCACCUCCCGUAUUUCUGGUCCCAGAACUCCAAUCGCGCAACCGAUGUCUGUCCAGAGGUUGGUAGCCUGCACCGCUCGGACCCCACGUGGCGCUCCUGGCGGCCCAGGUUGCCCGUCAGCGUCCUUGGCCGAAUCCCUCUCAAGGGCCCUCCAUCGCCAGCGCCCGCGGCACUGGCGGCCGCUCCACAGGCUGCCCAACCCUUGACGGAUGGGGCCGAGGGUCGGCCGCCUGCGGAAGCCGCCAAGCAGGAAGCGAAGAGAGAGCCAGGUAAGCAAGGCAAGGAGCAUAAGAAGGCAAAGGAGCACAAGAGCAAGAAGUCCAAGGAGGACAAGGAGGCCAAGAGAGUGAAGAAGCAGAAGAAGGAGAAGAAGGACGGGCUCAAGCGCAGCGCGCGCAGCGCAGGCGCAGAGGGCCCGAAGCUCCGAUCCAAGAAGGAGAAGCCCAGCCCGAGCGAGGCGGAGGCCCCGGUAGUGGAGCCGCCGGAGGACGAGGAGCGGUCGGGGUCCGAUAGCCCCGAAAGCCCCGGAGCCGAAGAACUCGGGAAGUUCUCGAUGGAGCUGAACCGGGAACUCGAAAGGGAGAUCGACUUGGAGUAG